AACACGUGCGCAUGCGCAAGUCUUUGGCAGUCAAAACAAACAAUUUUAGCGUUUUAAUUGAAUUAAGAAAUAGUAAACAUUUGGUAUUUUUUUAUCUUCUAUACAUCUAAAAUAUGGAAAGUUGGAAAGAAUCAAGUUAUUUUGAAACAUUAGAUGAAACCGAAAAGUUUAAGUAUAAAAAAAAGCUUACUUUAAGUGACAGAAGCACGCUACCAGAUCCAUACACAUUGGUGGAAGCCUCUUGGAAAGAUGAUGUAUCACUUUUGCCAGAUAUUCAGUGGGGAGAUAUAUACACAUAUCUCAUAAAUACUCCGAGCCAAUACACAAAUGAGAAUAUGAAGGCCUAUAAGUCUCUUGAAGCAUAUAAUUUUUUUGUUUGUGGGCAUGUUCAAGAUGUUUAUUGUAAUAUUGUUAAAGAAGAUGUUCAGUUUUGUUUUGUAAAAUCGAAGGUACUUCCGAGUCAAAGGCAGGGCCAAAAAACUAAACUUUAUGAUGUAUGGGUUGCCCUUAACAAAGUUGACGGAUGGAUACUUACUGGAAAUUGCACAUGCAUGGCAGGUCUUGGAUCUGUAUGCAGCCAUGUAGCAGCUCUUCUAUUUAAACUAGAAGCAUGUGUUAGAAUUCAGGCAAAUAAAGUUGCAGUUACUAGCAAACUUUGUGUGUGGAACAGAUCUAGAAAAAAAGCAGAACCAUCAAUGCUACAAAACAUUAAUUUUAAGCGACCAAUGAAAAAUCAACUACCUUUUUCAACACAAAAUAUCAAAAAUCCUAAAAGAAAUUACUCAUUUUCUGAAAAUGUUGUUAAGUUUAGCAAUAAUAGUUUACAUAAACUCAGGGCAAUUGCCCCAGAAGCAGCUUUUUUUACAAGUGUAGUUGGUCUAGCACCAACUACAAUAUUUGAUCAUAGUUUUAGUGACAAUACUGCAACUGCUGAUGAAAACGAUACAAAUUUUUUACCAGAGCCAAUUACUUCUUUGUUUGACAAUGAUGCAAACAAUCUUGACAAAUCUUUGCUUGAAGAAUUUUGCUUAUCCAAAUUUAAUGAAUACAGAAACAGUUAUUCUCAAUGCAACUUUAACUUAUUGGCAGAAGUGAGUAAAACUCAAAACCUGUCGAAUACAUGGAAAUUACAUCGAGCUGAAACAACUGGUAUUCAUAUCCAAGCUAGUUAUCCAUAUUUAGGAGCAUCGCCAGAUGGAAUUAUUCAAUGUACAUGCCACAAUAAAGGUUUAGUCGAAAUCAAGUGUCCCUACAAAUAUCGUGAAGGUUUAAAUGGUUGGAAAGAGGAUAAAGAUUUUCCUGUAUGUGAAAAUGGCGAUUUAAAAACAAGCCAUAAGUAUUAUACCCAAAUACAAGGACAAAUGAUGAUUUUAGAUGUAGAAUUUUGUGACUUUUUUAUUUGGACACCCUUAGAAAGUGAAGGAAAUUACCUACUAGUUAAAGUUUAUCGAGAUGAAAAAUUUAUUAAUGAGAUAAAGCAGGCAUUACACAAAUAUUAUUUUACAUACAUUUUACCAGAAACUGUAACAAGAGAAAAUGAUAUUUAUUAUAGCAACAAGCAGAAAAACUAUUGCAUUUGUAAACGCCCAUGCUUUAAACCAAUGAUUGCAUGUAAUAAACCUAGUUGUGAAAUUGAAUGGUUUCACUACUCAUGUGUUAAUGUAACUCGUGCUCCUAAAGGAAUUUGGAUUUGUCCAAAUUGUUUAAAAUAA